AUGGUUAUCCAAAUAGAUGAAAUUAUGUUUCAAAUUGAUUAUUGGCGAGAAAUUCAAAUUGGUGAUCAAGUUAAACUUCGUUGGUUUCGAUCAUGUUUGCGAUGUUUAUUACCAACUGUAACUCAAGAAACAGGUAUUCGUGAUCCUAAUCAAGAACCAUGGAAAACACUUCAAACAUUCCGUCGUAAACCAGAUUUGUAUGGUAUUAAAGCACAAUUUGGAACAUAUCUAGCGACUAUGGAAAAUGGUAUAAUUCGUGUUGGUGAUCGUGUUCGUGUUUUACGAGAAGAUAAAAACUUUUAA